ACGCCGCCGCCGCCGCCGCCGCGGGCAGGAAGGGCCGGCCCAGCGCCCCCCUGCCCGCCCCGCCUCCGCCUGCGCCCGAGCCGCCCGCGCCGGACAACAACAACUUGGAGAGCCCGAACUGGCAGUCCUUCCAUCCGACCCUGCGCGAGAGUACGUGCUGGCCGUGGGGAGCUCUGUCUUCUAUGCCAUGUUUUACGGGGACCUGGCCGAAGUCAAGUCCGAGAUCCACAUCCCUGACGUGGAGCCCGCGGCCUUUCUGAUCCUGCUGAAGUACAUGUACAGUGACGAGAUCGACCUGGAAGCCGACACGGUGCUGGCCACUCUCUACGCCGCCAAGAAGUACAUUGUCCCCGCGCUAGCCAAGGCCUGUGUCAACUUUCUGGAGACGAGCCUGGAAGCCAAAAACGCCUGCGUCCUGCUGUCCCAGAGCCGGCUGUUCGAGGAGCCCGAGCUGACCCAGCGCUGCUGGGAGGUCAUCGACGCGCAGGCCGAGAUGGCGCUCAGGUCGGAGGGCUUCUGCGAAAUCGACUGGCAAACGCUGGAGAUCAUCGUGAUGCGGGAGGCGCUCAACGCCAAGGAGGCCGUGGUCUUCGAGGCGGUGCUGAGCUGGGCCGAGGCCGAGUGCAAGAGGCAGGGCCUGCCCGCCACCCCCCGCAACAAGAGGCACGUCCUGGGGCCGGCGCUGUACCUGGUGCGGAUCCCGACCAUGACCCUGGAGGAGUUCGCCAACGGCGCCGCCCAGUCGGACAUCCUGACGCUGGAGGAGACCCACAACAUCUUCCUGUGGUACACGGCGGCCAACAAGCCCCUCCUCGAGUUCCCCCUGACCAAGAGGAAAGGCCUGGCCCCCCAGAGGUGCCACCGCUUCCAGUCCUCCGCCUACCGCAGCAACCAGUGGCGCUACCGGGGGCGCUGCGACAGCAUCCAGUUUGCCGUGGACAGGAGGGUGUUCAUCGCGGGGCUGGGCCUGUACGGCUCCAGCUCGGGGAAGGCCGAGUACAGCGUGAAGAUCGAGCUCAAGCGCCUGGGGGUGGUCCUGGCGCAGAACCUGACCAAGUUCGUCUCCGACGGCUCCAGCAGCACCUUCCCCGUCUGGUUCGAGCACCCCGUGCAGGUGGAGCAGGACACCUUCUACACGGCCAGCGCCGUCCUGGACGGCAGCGAGCUCAGCUACUUCGGGCAGGAGGGCAUGACGGAGGUGCAGUGCGGGAAGGUGGCCUUCCAGUUCCAGUGCUCCUCGGACAGCACCAACGGCACGGGGGUGCAGGGCGGGCAGAUCCCCGAGCUCAUCUUCUACGCCUGAGGCGCCGCGCCGCUUGCGGCCGCCUCGCCGAUGCCUGACGGCCCCGCGCCCCGGCCUCUCGGGAGCGGCUGUGGCCGAAGGCGUGACACAGACCCGCUCCUACACGGCCGGAGCCUGGGUCUCUGGAUUCUGGCCACUGGGCCCGCUGGCAUCUCCUGUACGCUGGGGUGCACGUCUCAGGUGGAGGGCAGGUUUGGGGGGCACGAGGCAGGCCCAGUUCCCUCCCAGUGGCGCCUGUUUUGAGGGCUCUGCCACCCCUCCCAGCCUCUUGGAUUCUCCUCUAGGUGGUUCUAGGCUUCUGAUCCUCUCUUCAAAUCCAAAAUGGAAACAUCACUUAAAGUACGUCAGCUAUUUAAGUGGAUUUUCAUAAUAAAGUUUUAACAAAACGAGAGGCA